UCGCCACAGAUUUUCUCUUCGUCCCUAAUCCUACCCACAAUUCUUCAAAACAUUAUCACUUCAUGAAUUCUGUCUUAAAAAAACUCUCUGUGAGCAUGCUUCCCACUACCAAUCAACCAGUUAUCGUGGUGGGCGCAAGCUUGGUCGGCCUAUCGGCCGCGCUUUGUUUAUCCUCCCAUCGAGUUCCUACAAUUGUUCUGGAGAAACACUCUGGAAAAUCGCUGCACCCUCGUGCAAUUGGCUUCACUUCUCGAACUAUGGAAAUUUACCGUUCUCUUGGGAUUGAGAAUAUAGAUCCUGCACCCGAAGACUUCAAGCUUGAACGUGCCCACGUCGAAAGUCUGACUGGGAAAUGGAAUGACAGCUCUUCUUGGUCCGAUACGAAGAGAAAGGCGAAGGGAGAACGACCACAAGAGAAGUUUCCUCGGUCUUCUGCCCCAAAGAAGGAGUAUUCGGUUGAGCGUGCAUCGGCUAUUCCACAAGACAAAUUGGAGCCCAUGCUCGAAGCAUUGGCCCUGGAACGCGGCGCCGACAUUCGUCGACUACAUAAAUUGAUAUCCGUGGACCAGAAUGAGGAUGGAGUCGUCGCUACAGUCACUGAUGCCGAGGGUAAUGAACAGCAGAUCCAUGGAUCUUACCUCAUCGCAGCAGAUGGCAACCGCAGCACCGUUCGCGAACUUCUUCAAAUUCCUCGACACGGUCGUGGAUAUAUGCAGACCUUGAGCAGCGUGUUGUUCCGCGCACCUCUUGAGCAAUGGACCAAGGGAUUUGUGCAGUUCGACAUCGAUCAACCCGAUCUCAAGGCAUUCCUCGCCUCGUACAGCGAUGGACGAUGGGCCUUGAUGUUCAAAGACGCCGUCGACCGCGAUGAGUCAGCUCUUCGCGCUGCUAUCUAUCAAGCUGUCGGGAGGUCCGACUUUUCCGUGGAAAUCAUCACCACUGGUCGUUGGGAGCUUACUGCUCUUAUAGCCGACACUUUCCAAUCCGGACGUGUCUUCCUUGCUGGUGACGCCGCGCACACCUUGCCUCCUAACCGUGGAGGCUACGGCGCAAACACUGGUAUCCACGAUGUACACAAUCUCGCAUGGAAGCUCGCGGCUGUUUUAUCAGGCACGUCAUCACCCGGGCUUCUGAACACGUAUGAUGCGGAGAGACGUCCCGUUGCGCUUCUACGACAUGAUCAGAUCUUCGUACGUGCCGACUACAAGGUCCAUCUUGACACCGCCACUCCGGUUGGGGAGAUGGUCGAUGACGAUGCCAUGGAAUUUGGUCAGAUCUACGUAUCUGAAGGUAUCAUCGGUGCUAAUGAGAGCUUGCCCCGUGCGAAGAAGCCCGAUGAAUGGAAUGGUCAGCCUGGAACCCAUUUGCCUCAUUUCUGGAUUCUUAAAUACGGGAAGAAAGUUCCAUCCCUCGAUCUUCUUGGGCAGGAAGAAUGGGCCCUGUUUUCGGAAUCGGAUCAGUGGAACGAGGCAGUGUCCUUUGUCAACGAGAAAUCACCUGUGCUAGUCAAUUUUGUUCAUAUUGGGGGAAAUCUACAGCUCGUUCAUGGACAUAACCUCCAGAAAACUCUCGAGAUCUCGCAUUCCGGGGCUGUUCUCGUUCGACCGGACGGGUAUAUUGCUUGGAGGAUCAAGGAAAUUCCUUUGAAUACAUUGGAGACUCUGAAUGGUGUUCUGGCUAGAGUUUCUUUCAGUUCUGGCGGGCCUAAAAUUUGAUUGGGUGUAUUUGAUUUUGUCUUUUCGCAAUGUUGCUAUAUGGGCCUGUAUGAACAAUAACAUGUAUAGUAAUGGGAGGAUUGUUUGUGUUUUCUAGAACUAGAUGUAGAUUUUAUAUUAGCUGUUCAUUGCAAUUUUGGAUCCUUGAACUUAGAUCCUGAUUCAAACACCUCUCCCUCUUUUAGAUACUCCUACAAAUCUGC